AUGAUGAGUAGUAAUAUUAGUUAUCCCUUCACUGCAAUUCAAUGGCAAGAACUUGAACACCAAGCUCUUAUAUACAAAUACAUGAUCUAUGGCAUCCCAAUCCCACCUGAUCUUCUCUUCAAUGUCAGAACAGCCUAUCAAACUCCCCCUCAUCCUCAUCCUCUGCACAUGAUUGGAUGGAACAGUUUCCAAAUGGGUGGUGGUAAUUACGGGAGAAAGAUAGACCCAGAGCCAGGAAGAUGCAGGAGAACAGAUGGAAAGAAAUGGAGAUGUUCAAAAGAAGCAUACCCUGAUUCUAAAUACUGCGAACGUCACAUGCACAGAGGCAGAAACCAUUCUAGAAAGCAAGAACCCUCCACAACAACAACAGCCUCCUCUAAACCCUCACCGGCGCCAUCAUCUUCAUCAUCUUCUGUUCUCACCACUACUAAACCCAUAAAUUCCUCAGCUUUCUGCACCAUUACUGACAUCAACAACUAUGACUACAGUCAUCACAACCAUUCAUUCUUAUAUACCACUCCUACUAAUUUGCUCCUGGACUCUUCUCCCCCUUCCUCAAAUUCAGACAACAAAAAUUACAGCUUUGGAGGAACGAAAGAGAUUAAUGAUUGUUGGCAACUGAGAAUGGGUACUACUACUACUACUACUGGUAGUACCUCUCCAUUUAGCCAUUUGGAUGGAAUUAGGGCUCCUGAUCAGUUUCAAGCCUCCAACCAAAACAAUAAUCAAAUGACUUUCAAGAUACUAGACUGGGACAAUGAAGAACCCCAGAAGGUAACGCAUGAUUUCUUUGAUGAAUGGCCAAGAAGUAAGGAUUCUUCAACAACCCAGCUCUCUAUUUCCAUCCCCAAUCAGUCUUCACAUGACUCGUUUAUGACCGACCACCACCCAUGA